GGCGAUCAGGAGGACUACAACAACGAGUACCAGCGAGGUGGCACUUUAGAAGGGCCAUCCCUUUCAGGUGCGGACACCCGAAAUAAACUCGACGUCGCAGACCUACUUUGGAGGUCCACAGAACCGAACCAGACAAAAGGAAAGGGAUCGGGCAAGAACAGUAAGAAGUGCGGCGGUAAUCACUCACGACUUGGCUGUGUUAUGUUCCACCUUCUUACAGCUGCUCACUGUUUUGCGCACACUACUACACCGCAGAACGUGGACUGUCCGACUUGUGGCACAAAACGUGGCAGCAUCAAGAUACGACGCGAGGGGGUGUCGGGUCAAGUCUGGAUCUGUGCUGACCUGAUUGCGAAGUGGAGG